UGAACAAGAUCAAAACAAAAUUAGAAGAAGAGCAGAGGAGACACCGCCGCAGUUGCCACCACAUGGGGGAUUUCUGGCUCUUUUCUCUUCGCCUUAAAUUCGGGUGUCUUUUAUGAAUAAUCAAAAGCAGCAAAAGCCAACGCUAUCAGGCCAGCGUUUUAAAACCAGAAAAAGAGAUGAAAAAGAGAGGUUUGACCCUACUCAGUUUCAAGACUGUAUUAUUCAAGGCUUAACUGAAACUGGUACUGAUUUGGAAGCAGUAGCAAAGUUUCUUGAUGCUUCUGGAGCAAAACUUGAUUACCGCCGAUAUGCAGAAACACUUGACAUUCUGGUGGCCGGCGGAAUGCUGGCCCCAGGGGGUACACUGGCAGAUGACAUGAUGCGUACAGAUGUCUGUGUGUUCGCAGCACAAGAAGACCUAGAGACCAUGCAAGCAUUUGCUCAGGUUUUUAACAAGUUAAUCAGGCGCUACAAAUACCUGGAGAAAGGUUUUGAAGAUGAAGUAAAAAAGCUGCUGCUGUUCUUAAAGGGUUUUUCAGAGUCGGAGAGGAACAAGCUGGCUAUGUUGACUGGUGUUCUUCUGGCUAAUGGAACACUUAAUGCAUCCAUUCUUAAUAGCCUUUAUAAUGAGAAUUUGGUUAAAGAAGGGGUUUCAGCAGCUUUUGCUGUAAAGCUCUUUAAAUCAUGGAUAAAUGAAAAAGAUAUCAAUGCAGUAGCUGCAAGUCUUCGGAAAGUCAGCAUGGAUAACAGACUGAUGGAACUUUUUCCUGCCAAUAAACAAAGCGUUGAACACUUCACAAAGUAUUUUACUGAGGCAGGCUUGAAAGAACUUUCAGAAUAUGUUCGGAAUCAACAAACCAUAGGAGCGAAAGAACUCCAGAAAGAACUUCAAGAACAGAUGUCCUGUGAUGAUCCAUUUAAGGAUAUAAUUUUGUAUGUCAAGGAGGAGAUGAAAAAAAACAACAUCCCAGAAACCGUUGUCAUUGGAAUAGUCUGGUCCAGCGUAAUGAGCACCGUGGAAUGGAACAAAAAGGAGGAGCUUGUAGCAGAGCAAGCCAUCAAGCACUUGAAGCAAUACAGCCCUCUACUUGCUGCCUUUACUACUCAAGGUCAGUCUGAGCUGACUCUGUUAUUGAAGAUUCAGGAGAAUUGCUAUGACAACAUUCAUUUCAUGAAAGCCUUCCAGAAAAUAGUGGUGCUUUUUUAUAAAGCUGAAGUCCUGAGUGAAGAGCCCAUUCUGAAGUGGUAUAAAGAUGCACAUGUUGCCAAGGGGAAAAGCGUCUUCCUUAAGCAAAUGAAAAAGUUUGUAGAGUGGCUCAAAAAUGCUGAAGAAGAAUCUGAGUCUGAAGCUGAAGAAGGUGACUGAAUUUUGAAACUACACCCUCAGUAAAGCAAACAGGAGUUGUAGAUAAAAUGUCAUGUCUCAUGUGUCCUGGUUCUUACAUCUUCCUACCUCCCUAUAUCAAGCAUGAUAUAAGGGCUUUCAUGGCAAAUUUUAUUUUAACUGUUUCUAUGGUUUCUGGAAAUGUUGGGUUUAGUUUCUAAAACCAUGUUUUAAGUAGCUACAGGAGCUAUAGAUUUGAAUCUAAUGUUGCAUUAGUCUUUUCAGUUAUCUUCUACCUCCUAUAUUUUCUACUGUAAUAAUGUAAUUUAAGGCCUUCCACAAUGAACAGUUCACUUUAUUCCCUGGGUUUUCUAUAUAAACAGUUUUCAAGAUAUGAUUUGGUUAAAAAUAAUUUGUUACAAAAAUUCUGUUUGCAAAUUAAACUGUAAAAGUAUCAAA